AUGGCAAACUCUGACCUCCACAAUGCUGAAACCAGUGCUGUCCUGCUGGAUCUGCUCAUGGAAAAUGGUGUCUCCAAUCCCAAGAAAGUGCCAGCCUUCGUCAGGUACAUCCACCGGUGGCUCAUGUCCAGUGUGUCUCCUGAGCACAGACUAGACAAGACUCUUCUGGAUCUGGCCGAGGCACACCCUGUGGAUGUGGUGGUGACUCUGCUGUGCUCUGCCCCAUCAUGUGACAGGUUUGCAGUGCUGACCAUCAAAGCCCUGCUGCGCCAUCUGCGGUGUGAGGGUGUGGUGAUGGCACUGGAACGCAAGUGUGGCUGGGACACGCUGCUCGACACUGACUCCCACCACUAUGCAGUGGGUCUGCUGGCCAGGGAGAUGGUCUGUAUCUGCGCACCCUGGUGUUGCAGUGUUGUGUGCUGCCUCCUGGAGCUGCUCAGCAAGGAGAUGUGUCCCUGGGAGCUCCCUGCCAUGGCGUUCCUUGUGGAGGUCCUGGUGUACCUGGAUGUGACUGAAUGUGGUGAAAGCAUCCUGCAGAUCCUUUCAGGGCACCUGUGGAGUGAGUGCCCAGAGAUGCGUCGCCAAGUGCUCAGAGGCCUCAUGGUGCUCAGCCAGGAUCCCGUGAUGGCCAAAAGAAUGGGCAGCCUGACUGAACGCCUUGAGGAGCUCCUGUGGGAUUCAGACAGAGAGCUGGUCAGGAUGACUGCCACUGUCCUCGAAUUUCUGUCCUCGGAGAAAGACAUCUGACACCAGCCCUGCAGCUGGCUGAGGCGCUCCAGCCACUCUUUGAAAACCCCUCGGAGGUAUGAAGAAUGACAUCAGCCCCGCUAUCUCAAGCCUGGCAUUUCAGACCUGCUCUGCAGAGCAGUUUCUGUGCUGCCAGAGCUCUGUGGAGAGUUGAUGUGGGAAGCUAUGUGUGCUGGGACCACGUGAGCCUGCGAGGAAGACCCCUUCUCUGCAAGCACUUUCCUUUACCCCAGCAUGGGAAUAUAAAAUUCCUGUUGUCACAGACAGAGGCUCAGGAGGGUUUUUUGGUGCCCAGUUUCCACAGGGCAUUGGGGAAGAGGGAAAAAGGGUCCUUGUGCUCAGCAACACUUACCCAGGUGUGCAGCGAGAAGAGAAAGUGCCCUAAGUCCCCUUGGCCUUUGGUGGUUCUGCUGAAGCCUCAAAGUUUCCAUGGAGCAGUUUGCUGGACAUGUUUUCCUAUGUGAGAAGUAGAUGGACCUUUUGGACUCUGUAAGACUGAAAGUGCAUCAUGCUACAUACAGCAGAGGUUGAAAGUGCCGUGUACCAUGGUGGUGUGUGCAGUUUUCAGGCUGCAAGGAAAAGUAACUCCCGCUUGAUUGUGGUGCAAAUACAAGUUUGCAAAUGGAAGGGAAGGUCGGUGAAAUUCUUCUGUUCUGGCACAUUUUCUUUGGCAGCAGGGGAGGACGUUUUCAACUUAGGAUCUUCACAUUUGGAUAAGCCCGGUACAUUUACGUCUUUUUCAAGGACACGCCGACGUUCCCACUGUCUGUGUUCAACAGCUCCACGAGGUGGCGGUGUGUACAUAACAAACAACCCAAAAUGCAGCUCCGAAGGUGAAAACGUCCUGUCACGAUUCUCAAACGAAACGUGUCAGGACAGAAAGGUACCAGGAUAAAAAGCUCUGGAGCUUGGCUUUUCCAUUCCCACUGGAGCAACAGCAGUUCAAACAAUAGCACUGUAUACUAGGAAAAGCAAAUAAAUUCCCCAAGACCAA